AUGGCCACUCAAGUCACCCCUUCGAAGCAGGCUGCUUCCUCCUUCGAGAACCUCAAGAUGAGCGACUUCCCCGUUAAGAAGCUCGACUUCCAGUCUGUCGGCAAGGAGAACGCGCCCGCGUCUCUCAAGCCCGUUGGCGCGACCACCACCAAGCCCGUUGAGAAGGCCCUCGAGGCCUCCAAGGUUGCUCCUGGCAUCAAGGAGGCUGAGGCCAAUGAGCCUCUCCUGCAGGAGAACCCCCACCGUUUCGUUCUCUUCCCCAUCAAGUACCACGAGAUCUGGCAAAUGUACAAGAAGGCCGAGGCCUCUUUCUGGACCGCUGAGGAAAUUGAUCUGUCCAAGGAUCUGCACGACUGGCACAACCGCCUGAACGAUGACGAGCGCUACUUUGUCUCCCACGUUCUGGCCUUCUUCGCCGCUUCUGACGGUAUUGUCAACGAGAACCUGCUGGAGCGUUUCAGCGGUGAGGUCCAGGUCCCCGAGGCCCGUUGCUUCUACGGUUUCCAGAUCAUGAUGGAGAACAUCCACUCUGAGACCUACUCUCUGCUCAUUGAUACCUACAUCAAGGAGCCCAAGCAGCGCACCUACCUCUUCGAUGCCAUUGACACCAUCCCCUGCAUUAAGCGCAAGGCUGAGUGGGCCAUGAGGUGGAUCUCGGACCGCGAGUCUACAUUCGCCCAGCGCCUGGUUGCCUUCGCCGCCGUUGAGGGUAUCUUCUUCUCUGGCUCGUUCGCCUCCAUCUUCUGGCUCAAGAAGCGUGGCCUCAUGCCCGGUCUGACCUUCUCCAACGAGCUGAUCUCUCGUGACGAGGGUCUGCACACCGACUUUGCCUGCCUGCUGUUCUCCCACCUGAACAAUCGCCCCAGCAAGCAGGUUGUUGAGGAUGUCAUCGUCGAGGCUGUUGGUAUCGAACAGGAGUUCCUGACUGAUGCUCUGCCCUGCGCCCUCCUCGGCAUGAACUCCAAGCUGAUGUGCCAGUACAUUGAGUUCGUGGCUGACCGUCUUCUGGUCGCUCUCGGUAACAAGAAGUACUACAACGCUACCAACCCCUUCGACUUCAUGGAGUCUAUCUCCCUGGCUGGCAAGACCAACUUCUUCGAGAAGCGUGUCGGCGACUACCAGAAGGCCGGUGUCAUGGCCUCCACCAAGAAGGAAACCAGCGCCUCGGAGGGCGAGCAGGCCCCCAAGGACAACGGCCUCAGCUUCGAUGAGGACUUCUAA